AUGGCGUCGGAGACAGAACAAACGGGUGGAGGAAGCCGUGAGAAAGCAUCGCAGGCGGCUGUGGCGGCGGCAGGGGAGCUCUUCCUCGACCAAGCCGAUAUUCUAACGGAGGUUUUACUAAGACUGGAUGUUAAAAGUUUGUGCAAUUGUCGAUGUGUUUGCAAAGCAUGGAAGGCAACCAUUGCCAACCCCGCUUUUGAUAAAAUGCAUAGUGAACGAUACAAUCGGAGGGAUUACCUCCUUUUUGAGGAAAAAGUUUUCUAUGGACUACCGUACGGGCUAUCAAGUAUAAGAUACAUAAUAGCUGAACAUAAUGAAGUGGAUAUGGAAGUUAGGGCAACACGAUUAGGAGGCGUCGUCAUCUCUGAUAAGUAUUGGACUCGUGGCAACCUUCUUGCUCAAGACGGUGGCCUAGUAUGUUUUGUGUCUGAGUCUAAGUUGAUUUACUUGUGCAAUCCUCAGACGGGUCAGACCACCUUCUUGCCACUUGAACCAUUUCAGUCGUCUUCCAAUAGUAUCUCGAUCUUGAAUGCCGGGUUGGUUUUUGGAUAUUUAUCUUCCAAGAGAGAGUAUGUAAUAAUUGUCAUAGGUGUGUCCUGGAAAAAAAUGCGAUCAUUUCGAGCUAAUGGAUUUGUGAAAUCAUUUCGUGCUAGCAAAUUCUGCUUUGACUUUGACCAUGGUAGCAGCUACUCAGCAUCUUGGAAAGAGAUCAAGGAAAACUGCCCAUAUUGUGUGGAUGAAGGAGGGAUUUUGGUGGAUAAUUCUGCUUAUUGGGUAGCUCGUGAAAAAAAUAAACCCAUUAUAACUUUGGAUCUUGAGAGUGACAAGUUUGGGUUAAUUGGCUAUCCCCCAGGUUGGGAUUCAAGAUUAUUGUCCAACUCUAACUCGGUCUCAGCUCGUUUGAUUGAUCUCAAAGGGCAGCUAUACCUGACAGACAGCUUCAGUUAUGUGAGAUCGGGCAUGAUAGAAUUGUGGGCACUGAUCAAAACCAAUGAAAGUUGUUGGGUAAAGGAGCAUGCAAUCAAAUUGGACUUCCCAGUAGCUUCAGUGUAUCCAAAGUCUUCAAGCAGAGGAGAGCUGAUAGUGGAGUCUCGUGCAAAUGAAGAUUGUGUUAAGAAGUACUACAUUGUUAAUCCAUACAAAGAAAGUGCUAGGCUUGUCAACCCAGUUGAAUAUACUGAUGACAUCUAUUUAGUGGGAUUUUUCAGGAGAAAUUUCUUUUAA